GGCCUCGAUAUGCGGUGGCGUGUGCGGCGGCAGCGCUCCGCCGCGGAAGCCGCCGGGGAAGGUCCACACGGCGGCCGCCGCCCCGGCGCCCCCGCCCCCGCGCGCCGCUGAGGACCGAGCCGGAGCCGCCCAGGGCGGACCCGCCCGCGCUCGUUCCGACCAUAGAGGUCGUCAAGCCGCCGCCGAGGCCGGCCCCCACCACGCCGAUCACCCUGGAGGUGCUGCAGGGCGAGUGGGUGAACAGCAUGGGGGCGAAGAUCGCCGUGAACGACACGCUGGUGUCGCUCAACGGCAUGCCGAUGAAGGUCCACCCCGUGCAGGUCGACGAGAACGGGCUGGUCACAGGCAUAGGCAAGAUAUGGCAGCUGAAAGGCUGGCUGGAGGACGAGCAGAUCGAGUUCAAGGAGGCUCCGUCUCGCGAGGUGAUGGAGUUCGCGCGCUCGGUGACGUGGAAGAGGGCCGACGAGGCGAACAUGAAGGCAUGGACGGAACAAAUGAACAGCCUCGGCUACAAGGGCAGCUCCCAGGACCCCCUGAAGCGCGGCGUGGAGGGAUGCUGCCCGGGCACCUGCGACGCGAAGGCCAACCAGGCCAAGGACGACGUGGACCGGGACAGGGCGGAGCUGGAGCUGCUCAACAGGCUCGUAGACGAGUACAGGGUCCCGGGCCUCUUCAACAUCCCUCCAUCCGAGGUGAUCCCCGACUUCAGCAACCGGGGGCACACAGGGCUGAGCGUGGAGCACGUGCACUACCUCGCCAAGAGCUUCAUGGACGGCCGCGUAAUGGGGGCCCAUCGGAGGGGGCGGGGCGGAGCGAGGCGGAGGAGCCCCACUGCCGCCGAGCCUGCGGCUGGUGCUCUGUACAUCACGUGGCUUCGGGGCGGAUGGCGGCGAGAUGGGGCAAACUGAAGGCCUCACGAAGACGCAAAAACAUGUGUGCGUCAGCUGCAGGUCAGACGGUCUGGGCCAAUCCUCGCAGCUAUAGGAGGGAGAUUGAUGUUUUUGUAUCUUAUGGGCCCAGACCCCGCCCAUAUAUGCUUGGGGCUCGCGCGCGCACUGUGGCGAUUACAGCGCAAGCCCCGCCACGACGGGCCCCACCCCGCCCAAGCAUUACCGUGGCCUGGGCCCUCCCCCGCAUGCCGGCCCAAUCCCAACCGACUGGUCCCACG